AAAAAAAAAAAAAAAAAAAAAAAAAAAAGGGGAAGAAGGAAAAGAAGGAGAGAGAGAGAUCAGAAGUGCCGGUCUUAACUGUGAAUAACGAAGCAGCAGCUGUAAGCGGCUCGGGAUGGCAUCAAACAAUCGAAAGCUGAAGGGAAAAAGAUACUUAAGAAUGAAUGAUGGACCAAAUGAUAAUGAUCAACAAAAUGUGCAGAAUGCAUUGGAUGGUCACACUACUGCUACCUUUUUUGAUAACAAUAUCAAUCGUCGAAUCAAAUCAAGAAGAUGGAUAGAAGUGUCUGAAGCGGUGGUUGAGGAUAGCCGGGUAAAGCAACACAAUGAUGAUGGUAUCAAUGUAAUACAACAUCGAGAUAAGCGAGUUAGAAAUAAUCGAGAGACGUCAAAUGUGACAAUGAAGCGAACUACUGUUACUGAGGCUAAUUCGAAUGGUAAUGGUCAGGGUGGAACUGGCGAACAUUUACAUUCAUUCGGUCAAGCAAGCUAUCAAAGCACUAGACAAGAUGUGGGAUUGAUUGACAUUGAGAAAGAAAGAAAGAGAGGUGAGGAACAAUGUCCUCCCGAUUUGGACAGUGCCAGGAAUGAACUGGACAUAGCCAGAAAAUACCACAAAUGGAGCAAAAGAAACACCACAAAGGUGAGAGAAGAGCAGCAGAUUCUUGAGGAUGCUGAAAAGGAUGAAGGAGAAAGGACCUCCCCCCAACUCUUAGGCCUUCAAUCUAGAUCUUCAGGGAGGCCCUAUCCAAAUCAAGCUUCGUAACCAACUGAGCUUGGCCGGAGAAAUCGAAAUCAAAGAGAGUAAAGAUUGGUCUGUUUGAAAUUUGUAUUUAACUGAAAUUGAUCUAUUUGAAAUUUGUAUCUAGCUCAUCCAAUCCAACUACCAA